AUGCUAUCCACCAACAAUUGCAAUACAACAACUGCAACAACAGCAACCAGUACGUCCGAUGAGUUGUCAACAUCGAGUGCGAGUGAUAUUGUUAAUCAUCACAAUAUUUCAAUGAAUUUUGCAAAUUAUUCAAUGAACAAUGAUGGAGGAAAAUUCAAGUCGACGACGAUAACGAAUAAUAGUAGUAAUAUUAGUACGUUCGGAGGAAUGAAUUAUUCUCAAGCACAACAACAAGCUGGUCAAUUUCAUUAUCAUAUGGAUGCUACACUGAGGACGAAUUCAUCUAUAGGUCCAAAAUCAACAUCUAGUAUGACUCCCUUCUUUCAACACCCACACUCAUCAACACGUAGUAGACUUGCUGAUUUUCCUUCUCUUUUCGAACUUGUACCAUCUCAAAAGCUACCAGACAUGUCGGAGAAGAAAAUUGGUAAGAGUUCAAAAAAGAAGGGUAAUGAAUCAACCCAAUCAUCUUCUAGUACAGGUUCCGAGGGUGGAAUUCACUUCUCUGGACCUGGUGUAGAUUAUCCUCUUCUUUUAUGUAAGGGAUUUAACCAAAAUCAAGAAUGUUUUUUCUUGGGAAAUGGAUCAAAUGCAGUGUUUGAUGAUCGUGCCACAAAUAGCUCAAUUUCCUCCAAUACUUUUACUGGAUCCAAUAGUAGCUCAAGAAGAAACUCUGUAAAAAGCUUGGCCUCAACAAAUUCUUCAGCCUCUUCGACAUUUAUACCUCAAUAUCAACAGGAAUACUUGGUUAAGAAUUAUGCUCGAUUAAAAUUGAAGAAGGACAAUACAUCAAAACAUCAAGAGGAUAAUCAAAUCGAAUAUCUCGAUCCUGAGAGUAAUGUAAAUAAUAAGAAAGAUUUCAAAUUUAAUUUGGAAGAUUGUAGAAUAAUAGCAACAGCUCAAUCAUGUACAGUAAUGGUCCUUAAUGAUAAUGAAGUUUGGGCUUGUGGAAUUAACGAGAGAGGAAUGCUGGGAGUUGGUCAUACAGAUGAAUUCAUCUUUGAGGGAACACCAAUAGAGUUUAUUGGAAAUGGAAAGACAAAAUCUGCAAUUUCUGCUGCCGAUAAACAGCAAACAUCUCUCAAAUCUCUAGGAUUCAUGACCUCGGAGGCCACAUUGACAGGAUUCGAUGAAGGUCCAAAAUCAUAUGCUCACUCUGUAUCAGAUAUUGCCCAGUCAACAUUCUGUUCCAUGCUCUCAGCUCAAGAAGAGACUAAACAUCUACCUCCAACAAUUCCUACUAAAAUUCCAUUCAACUUUGAUAAUGAACACAUAACCAAAGUCUCCAUUGGUUAUAGGCACAUUAUGUUUCUAACGAGAGAGGGAAGAGUGUAUGGUUGUGGCAGUAACUCACAUGGUGAGCUCGCUUUGGGAUUGUACAACAAAAAUCAUGGUAUUGGAACUCCUCAAUUCAUUUUUACUUUAGAAAAUGAUAAGAUUAUUGAUGUGCAUUGUGGUUAUGAUUGGACAUUAUUUUUAACUUCUGAAGGUAGAGUGUUAGUCUGUGGUAAAAACAGAUCCAAUAGAGAAAAUUUAUCUGAUAUUUAUUCCAAGGCUAUUGCAGAUUCUUUGAAUUUAAAUAUUAUUGAGGAAUGUAUCUCACAACCAACAGAACUUCCUGGAAUAUUUGAAAUUCUUGAUGGAAAUGAUUCAAUAGCCCAACUGAAAGCAUCUUCGAGCAGUUUCUACAUGCUCUCACGAAAGGGAGUUAUUUUGGUUUAUGGAAAGAAUGAUAGAGGCCAACUGGGUCUUGGGCAUAAGGAAGAUGUAAAGGGUGUACCCGUUGAGUUAACAUUCUUUGAGAAGGAAAAGAAUAGAGUGACCUCACUUCAUCCAACUCAAGACAAUAUCUGCUUUCUUACUACCAAUGAUAAGGUCUACAUUUCUGGUGCUUGUGUAAAUAGUGACAUUCCUGUUUUGAUUAAUACAGACAGCCACUUGAUUGUUGAUGUACUAACAGCAGACUCAGAAGGUGGAUGGUAUAAGAGUGAUUGUGUAUAUUUAGUAUCAGAUUUUCAAGAUGUUUACUUAUUUGGAAGGAGACAUUCUAAACCAGAGAAAGUAGCCUCCUCAGUUUCUCUAGUUAGUUCCUGCUCGAAUAGAUCAAUACUUGUACACAAUCUCUUGAGAGUACAUUGUAAGGACAAAUCUGUGGUAGUAUGCAGAGAUAUCACUAGAUUUUUCGAGGGUUACAAACACACACAAACAAUUACUGUAGAUGAGACUUAUAUUCCAUUCUCCUUCAUAUUGAGAUAUUUAUAUUUCAAGAUCAAGGAUAUGGAACCAAACUUUUCCUUUAUUUGUAACUCAAUCAAGUACAAGAGAAAUAUUAGAAACAUUGGAGAGGAAUUAAAAGUUACCAUUCUUGGAGAGAUUAUUGAUAGAAUUGAGCAAACAGAGAAUUAUUAUUUGGGUGUAAAGGAUGAAUUAAGUAGAUUCUACAAUUAUUUGAACUUUACAGAUAACAGAAUGACUGAAAAAACUUCAUUGAAAAUGGAAAAGAAAAAGGAAUGUAGAAAAAUGGUCGAAUUCUAUAUCCAUUGUUUAGGUAAUGGAGAGGAUAUGCAUUGGAACUUUGGAUUUUUCAGGGAAAACGAAUCUCACUUAUUUUCCAUGCAAUUCAUUUCUGUUCUUGACGAAUACAAGCUUACACUCUUUGCCAAAUCUCUAUAUCAUUACAUGUACAGACAUCAGUUACCAACUGCACCUCAAACUAUGCCAUCUCUGAGACUUCAUCAAUUACCUAACUGCAUUCAUGUUAUUGAGAGGAAAAUUGAACUAAUGUCAGUUCCAGACAAUUAUGACCAACUGAUUGGUAUUUAUACUUCUUGGUUCGGUAUCAAUAACAAGUAUUCUCUUGCAAGAAAAUUCAAAACCAUGUUUCUUAAAUCAGACCCGAUGGUCGUCGACAUGUUUUUAGUUGUGGUCCUACUUUCAACUCUGGAUGUCUUAUUCUUUAAGAGAUAUAAGAAAAAUCCAACUAUGUUUACAUUUAAUCCAAGUGUAGUGUAUGAUACCAAUGAAAGACAAAUGAUAGGUUCAGUAAUGGAUAUUUUGAGAAAUGAAAUUAUUUCUGUAUUAUUCAAAGCCAAACUUACCAGAAUGGACAUGAAGUCUGGAGCCACAAGAAAGCAAAAAGAACUUGAACUGAAACUAUUAAUCAAAAGUGAAUAUCGUAGACUUGGCGAUAUGCUCAUUGAAUCCCUUUCCAAAGUUUCUCUUCACCACAAUUUACUUCCUGAAAUAAUUAUUGAAUAUCUUGCAAAGGAAUGUUUCCAAGAGCAGACUAUUUGGAUCCUGAACGAUGGACAAAAAGAGAGAAAUAUUGGCAAGUACACUAUUUGUGGUAGAGUUGGACAAGGUGGUCAAGGAACAGUCUAUGAAGCUAUUGAUAGAGAUACUGCCAAGAAAUUUGCUAUCAAAACUUUGCACUUGGUGUAUUUCGAGAACGACGUGAAUAACUUUUUAACAGAAGUGAAAUGUGUUCAAGAAUUGGGAGAACACAAUAAUUUAGUUCCUUACAUUGAUUAUGGUUAUGAUCAGGCAAAUGUUGGCUUCCAGUGUUAUAUUGUCAUGCCUUUAUAUAAGGAAAAUUUGAGAGACAGAAUUGACAAGUUGAGAGAACAAGGCAAUUUAUUUGUACCUAAUGCUUUUAAUAUUGCAUUAGAAAUUGCUUAUGGCAUUCGACAUAUGCAUUCAAAAUGUUUUGUUUACAGAGAUUUGAAGGCUGAUAAUAUUUUAUUAGAUAUUGAGAAGAAUGGAAAAGAAAUUGCAAAAAUUGGUGAUUUUGGUCUGAUGCGAAAUUGGAAUUACGACAAAUCAGUAUCAGCCAGAGGUUCUCCUAUCACUAUUGCUCCUGAAAUGGCUUUCAUUGUUAAAAAGACAGCCUCUUUUGAUACCUCUGUGGAUAUUUUCAGUUUUGGUUGUGUUUUAUUUGAAUUGCUAACAUUGGAUAUUGAAAUUAAAUUGGAUGUAAGCAUAGAAGAAGAGGAAGGCUCAAAGAAAUAUCUAUUCCACCAAGCUGUUUCUUCCAAUGAAACGCUGACUCAUUUUGCUAUUGCCCAAACUCUUCAAAAAUUGGGUUAUCCAAACUUGAUUCAAAGAUUAAUAAUUUCAAUGAUUCAAUUAACUCCUUCCAAGAGGCCAAAACUUGACUUUGUUUGUGAAUUAUUACAAGUAUUCCAAACACAUGCAACAGAAAUUCCACUCAAAACAACAAACUUUGACAACCCAAUUACCACUAAUGAUGUUGAAAUGUUUGGUAAUUUUGUGUUUGGAAAGGAUAUUGAUUGGAAUAAGGUUAACCAACAACUUAUGCCAGUUCCAAACAAUAACAAGUGUGUCUAUGUGGUCAUUGAUAAUGACACUAAGGACAAUUUCAUUCUUAACUAUCCAUCCUCAUCAACACUUGACCAGUUUAAAGAAAUUGUCAAAUUCAAAACAGGUCAUGAAGUACACAAAGUGUUUGUUCUAAAGCAUGGUACAUUCAAGUUUCCAAUUUCUAAUGAAAACGAGUUUGCCCACGUUAGAAAUGAAGAUCUCUUGCAUAUCUUGCUAUUCUCAGAUGAAAAGAAUAAAUAA